CGCUGCUAUUGUUUUGGUUUCUUGCAUGGUCGCAGAAUUAAGACUACAGAAACUCAUUUAACGCGGAAUAGACAUUCUUUUAUUUUUUUAUUUUUGGGGUAUUUUAUAGAUAUGUGACUGGUCUUGUGUUCCCAUGUCCCGUCUGUCCCGCAUUUGUAAUCCUGCGCCUUGCUGAACGAAUCCGCUGGACCCGUGCCGUCCUAUUGAGACGCAAGAGGCAUAGACACAAGCCCGCAUCAGAGCACAACCAGCCACCAGCUUCCAAAAUCAAAACGAGACACUGACAUAUUAAGGAUUGUUGCCGGAGGAUCAGGCCGAGAAGUUGCAUGUGCAGGAGUGUUGGUAUUCUCGAGCGGGACAGCAGGCAUGGGAUACUCGGGCAGAGGAUGUACGCUCCUGGUUUGGGUCGCUGCUGUCAGCCUGGUUCUGGCAGACGGGAGGAGAGUGAGGCAGCCCAGAUGCCCCGUUGGAUGUACCUGCACCAAAGAUAACGCCCUGUGCGAGAACGUCCGAUCUGUGCCUCACACCUUCCCGUCGGAUGUCGUUUCACUAUCUUUUGUCAAGUCUGGAUUUAAUGAAAUCACAGGAGGAAGCUUUGUUCACACGCCUGUCCUGCAACUACUACUUUUCACAGCAAACUCCUUUGACCUGAUCGAUGAGGAUGCCUUCUUGGGUUUACCUCAUCUUGAAUAUCUAUUUAUUGAAAACAACAGAAUUUCAUCGAUAUCCCCUUUUGCUUUUCGAGGCCUGAAAACUCUGAUACAUCUGAGUCUGGCUUACAACAACCUUGAGACGCUGCCCAAAGAUGUCUUCAAGGGCAUGGAUGCUUUGACUAAAGUGGAUCUACGAGGCAAUAACCUCAUAUGCGACUGCAAGCUGAAGUGGUUGGUGGAGUGGAUGCAUAACACUAAUGCCACCCUGGACCAGAUCCACUGCAGCGGCCCACCCAUCCACCAGGGGAAGCUGCUCAAUGAUCUGCUGCCACACUCUUUUGACUGCAUCACAUCAGAGUUCGCCUCCUAUCAGUCCCUGAAGUUUGAGUCCAUUUCGGUGGAGGCCUUCACCUUCGGUAUGGAUCAGUUUGUUGUGUUUGCUCAACCGUUUGCUGGGACGUGCAGCUUCCUGGAAUGGGAUCAUGUUGAGAUGACCUUUCGAACCUAUGACACCAUUGAAAGCACCUCCACUGUGGUCUGUAAGCCCAUGGUGAUUGACAACCACCUCUUUGUCAUAGUGGCUCAGUUGUUUGGAGGCUCGCACAUCUACAAACGCGACAUCUCUGCCAACAAGUUCAUCAAGAUCCAGGACAUUGACAUCCUCAAGAUUCGCAAACCCAACGACAUUGAGACGUUCAUAAUCGAUGGAGAGUCUUUCUUUGUCAUUGCAGACAGCUCAAAGGCCGGCUCAACAACAGUGUACAAAUGGAACGGUAACGGCUUCUACACCCACCAAUCCCUCCACCCGUGGUACCGCGACACAGAUGUAGAAUAUUUGGAGAUCUCCAACAAAGCCCACCUGAUCUUGUCCAGCAGCUCCCAGAGGCCUGUAGUCUACCAAUGGAACAGGAGCCAGAAACAGUUCGAUCGCAGGACAGACAUACCCGACAUGGAGGAUGUCUUCUCCGUCAAACACUUCCAGGUCAAAGGUGAGCUGUUUAUAUGCCUGACAAGAUUCAUCGGGGACUCCAAGGUGAUGCGCUGGGACGGCGCCAUGUUCAAAGAGGUCCAGACAUUUCCUUCCCGCGGCUCCAUGGUGUUCCAACCUGUCUCCAUCGGCAACUGGCAGUACGCCAUCUUGGGUAGCGAUUAUUCACUGACGCAGGUCUACCAAUGGGACAGCAAGAGGAGCCAGUUUGUCCCAUCCCAGGAGCUGAAUAUCCAGGCGCCUCGGGCAUUUUCUAUGGUUUCCAUUGACGACCGAGUGUUCCUGCUUGCGUCCAGCUUCAAGGGAAAAACUCAAAUAUACGAGCAUCUCAUGAUUGAUUUGAGUAAUUAAACCCAUUAUCAAUUUGUAGGGAUGGGUUAACGUUGCCAUUCAAAA